UCUCACAUACAAUUUCUUUCUUUAUUACAUCUGUCGUGCAAUCCAAUCCAUCUGAUGAAUUAAAGUUUAUCUACAAGAAUCACGAUCUUAAUCUCUUCAUUUCCAUGGCGUUGAUGCACAACAACAACAACGCCGCCACGGCCUUUCGUCUCGGCAAAGAUUGUGCGGACAGGAAGGAUUAUUUCUCGACAUUUCGACAUGUGGGGUUUCCGAAGAGAAGUUGGUGUGUGAAGGUAAUGGCGAACAUGAAGACGACGGCGGCAACGGGCAAUGUGGAUAUGGUUAAUGGGAGAAAAGUGAAGAAUGGUGUCCCUCUGGAUAGGAUACCUUUUUUGGAGAAGAGGAAUAACAAUACUACCCAGGAAGGGGAAUUGAGCCUGCAGACAAACCAUGAUUAUUUGCUGGGAAAGUUUGUCGAAGAUCGGUUGGUUUACAGACAGUCGUUUGUUGUAAGAUCGUAUGAGAUUGGACCUGAUAAAACUGCAACCAUGGAAACCCUGAUGAAUCUCCUCCAGGAGACAGCCCUGAAUCAUGUCGCGAGCGCCGGGGUGGCUGGAAAUGGAUUUGGAGCCACCCGAGAGAUGAGUGCUCGGAAGCUUAUUUGGGUCGUAACUCGGAUACAUGUGCAAAUCGAAAAAUAUAGCUCUUGGGGAGACAUGGUGGAGAUAGACACUUGGGUGGAUGCUGCCGGGAAAAAUGGGAUGCGUCGCGACUGGAUUAUCCGAGAUUACGCCACUCAAAAUAUCAUAACCAGAGCCACCAGUACGUGGGUUAUCAUGAACAGAGAAACAAGAAGGUUAAGUAAAAUCCCUGAAGAAGUGAAGAAAGAGGUGGAGCCUUUCUACCUUAACCGAGCAGCGAUCACCACUGAAAACACCGAUAGCGACAGGAUUGAGAAGCUCACCGACGAAACUGCUCAAAGAAUUCGAACUGAUUUGGCACCUCGAUGGAGUGACAUGGAUGCCAAUCAACACGUAAACAAUGUGAAAUACAUUGGGUGGCUUCUAGAGAGUGUGCCAAUAAAUGUGCUGGAAGAUUACAACCUGACAAGGAUGACACUAGAGUAUCGACGCGAAUGUCGUCUGUCGAAUGUUCUUCAAUCCUUGACGAGCAUCAAACCCAAAGUAGCAAAGGAUGGAGACAACCAAGAAGGCGACGGAGCGACCAGAUGUAAUGAGGAAAUUAGGGUUGGCAACAAAGACGAUUUUGAAUGCACACAUUUGCUGAGAAUGGAAGCCAAUCAUACAGAAAUUGUUCGAGCCAGAUCAGUCUGGCAGCCAAAGAAAGAGUCAGACAACAAAAUCCCAUAACUUAUUUCAGAUUUUUUAAUUUUAUUCUAAUAAGUAAAUUAGUGAUUUUAAUUUAUUUGAUUUCAUGUAUGCUGGCCCUUCUUCAAUAACUGUUCUAUCAAUUAUAUCCUGUUGAUUGUUUUUUACAUUAUUUUGUUUAUUUUUAUUUUCAAGAAUUUGUUGUAGCUGCAUGUGUAUAAAGAUUGAAGUAGGUACACGGAGGAUUGCCUUCAA